AUGAAGGCGCCUGCCCGCCUCGAGUCGCUCUCGGCCAUUUUGACGGCCGCAAACGACUUUUUAUCCACGCUUGAAUUCUUCAACACCGAAGACGCACCACCCUCUGUCGCCAUCCCCGACGAGGAGCAGCCAUUGCGGCCCUUUGACCUCGAGCUGCCCCCAGCGCCCGACCCAGCGGCCAGUUUUCGCGAAUUCGGUCUUGAGGAGGACACGAUCGCACAAAUAUGCGAGCAAUAUCACCAUCGCGCCGCCGAAAUUGCCCAAAACGUCCGCGUCGAGUUCCGGGUUGCAGAGACCAUCGCACGGACACCAGCCAUCCAAGCUAGACUUGCAGAUGUCUACCUGGGCUCCUACUUUCGUCUCAAACUAGAACGUAAGCUACGCAAACGAAGACAAGCGGCCAACGCGCCGCCCAGUCCGCCCUCCCCCAGCCCGCCCUCCCCCAGCCGACGCGAGCCACUCCCUGCCGCCACGACUUUACCGUCGGCUUCAUCAUCUCAACGAUCAUCCUCUUCCUCUUCACGAGCCGAGUCGUCUGGUGCCGCAUCAGCCUCAACGCGGCGAAAUUCCUCAGAAGCGACCAGCAACGAUGAGAGUGAAGGCUCUUCGAACCGAAGCUCCUUUGACAAAACCGUCAUCGCGUUGCUUGAAUACGUCUUCAACCGCCAGAACGGUUAUCCAUCCGUUGGAGAGAAGAAGCGCAUUCAGCAAGAAACGGGCCUUACCUAUCGACAAGUCGCCGUUUGGUUUCAAAACCGACGUGCACGAGAAAAGAAGAAAAAAGCGGAAGGCCGAGUACCUGUUCCGGUCGACGCUGAAGCCGCCAUUGCGCAGAUUGAGGAUGAACAGGCUCACGAGGCUGUCGUCAGCGCACCAGACCCUACCCCUGUCAAGCGGCAACGCAUCCACUUCGUGCAGACUGUCUACCGGACCGAGGAAUGGGAAGUCGAGGAUAUCCUCACCGACGAGGAUUGGGCCCCAUGUUUACGUGAAGUUGAGGAGGAACAGAUACGGGAAAUGAUCAGGAAUAACGAGCUCCCUGGCCUGGAUUCGGCAGAGCCUCCAGCUAGCAGCUGGCCCGCUCCGUUUGUCACGCCGCGGUACGAGUGGCCUACCUUUCCACCCCCAGAGUGGCCCCGGACACCUAAAGAGGCACUAUCUGAACCAGAGCUCCCAGCGGUGACGUCGGAAGAUGUCGACGAACUGACUGAUAUGUUUGCCAAAUUCUCUCCAGACAUCAUUAAGACGUUCAAGUACAAGCGGCGACACCACAUCGUGAUCACGCUUCCGGAUGACCCAGAAAUGGCAAGAAAGGUGAAGCGGAAAAUAGCGAGCAUAGCGACCCCAGUGCAGAGCGACGGCCCGAUACCCAUGUGGGUUGCCAAACGGUCGGUCAGCCUGCUUGCCGAGCUCGAAGCCGACCUGCAAGUGUCCAAGAUUCACGCAGAGACGCCUCCAGCGGUCUCAGAGGCUCCUCAAGAGCCCGCGCCUCUUGUCAUUCCAACAUGGGGCGAUUUGCAAGCACAAAUCUCAGCUACGCAACAAGAGCGUCAGGUACCGGCCAUUGUGGUUACACCUCCAACAUCGCGAGCACCUCAAGCACAAGUCUUUUCCGACGAGCCCUCAUCGGACGAACAGUCCUCUUCUCCCAAUACGCCUCGGGAUGAGGAUGCAGACUUGCCUGAUCAUCCUGCCCUCCAAGACUCGGAGUCUAUGCCAGCCUCGGACACCAUUGAAGAUCCUAUGAAAAUCCUUCCCUUUAUCGGCGACAUCACGGCGAUCCUAUGGCCCAAGAGCGGACAACAUCCUGCAGCCAGCUAUCAUCCGCAUAUCCUCACCAAGGAGACUAGACAGGUGCCGAUUGAACUGGACGACAAUCUGAUGAAUGAAGCACUACAGCGAACGCUACGAGAAUGUGGUAUAGAGCCGGUGACAGAUCCAGUUAUGGAGGAUGAGAGGCCCUUGGUUUACACCAGGGGAUUGAGUCUCGUUCCCAAAGUGGCCGCCCCGGUGCUCGCAGAGAUUGACAGGCUCGCGGGUGAUAACAAUGAACCCUUGAUUCCCUUGGAAGCGCAUAUGGCACAAGAAGGCUACAAUGAUCUCGUGGAUCCCUAUCGCAUCCUGGUGGAUGACGGCCCCGAGCCACUUCCGCCCGCCGCAUAUGAGCCGACUCGGCGUCGUCGUAAACCCCGAAAGGAGAAGCCCACGGAGAUUGCUGACAUUGGUGGCAUACCCAUCUCGGAUCUAUUUGACCCACAGGGUAUGCCACUACCUCUCGCGCUCCUGGAGGCUGCUCCCUAUACGACUCCGAUGGCCCAGGCGAUUUACGAUUAUUGCAUCCCACGAGUCCCAGAGCCACCUCGCAAGAUUUUCAACCCUGUCGUCUUUUGCAACCCGCACUUCCCAGUCCACGAGCCCUCUUACCACUAUCCUUUCCACCCAAUGGAUCCUCCCGCUUUUCCUGAACCUCUUGAGGCGCCGCGAAUGGAGCCAGCAAUACUUGUCGAGCCUAUACCGAUUGUGCCAGCAAUUCCUGUCGAGUCAGCCGAACCAGCAAUACCAGCUAUACUCGCCGACCCACCACUGGUAGAACCAGCACCCGCCGAACCAGAGCCAUUAGUACCACCUGCAGAAGUAACGCCAGAACCAGAACCAGCACCCUUGCCAGAGCCUGAACCAGAAUUGGACCUAGAACCCGUCGACGAUUGGACCUUUUUACAGCGUGUCAUCUCGUGGGCCUGCAAGCGAAUUGUUGCAACGACCACUUGGGACGUUUCCAGUACCGACCCACUCUCGAUGCUCCAAUAUCUUGCCUGA